AUGGCUAAUCUACUAUCAUCGUCCGUAGCGGAAUUCUACGACCUUAUGACUCCCGCUCUAUGUCGUGCACUUGGCGGAUCCCUCCACUUCGGCUAUUGGGACAUUUCUACGUCGUCCAAUGACAAAAGAUCCACAAUUACGGACGCCACCGAUCGCAUGACCGCUGAAAUUGCACGAAGACUUCGCCUUUCACAACCGAGACAGUCAGAUAGGUUUUCCAUUCUUGACAUCGGCUGCGGUACUGGCAAACCCGCUCUCCAGAUUGCGACAAAGCUGGAUGCGCUUGUCACAGGAAUUACAAAUAGCAAGUCUCAGAUGGAUAUUGCAAAAACGAAAAUUGCGCCCCAGCUUUCAAUCAAUGUCGAUAAUCCAUUGUCUGGACCCGGCCUCGAGUUUCUGCAUCUUGACAUCAAGGAAGCAGAUACCUGUCUCCCCACUGCAUCUUUCGAUGCUGCUUACGCUAUCGAAUGUCUUGUGCACAUCGAUGAACAACCCCUAGCCCUCGCACAAAUAGCACGCACUCUACGGCCUGGCGCGCCCUUCAUCAUUGGGGAUGUAUUUUUCGACUCUCAUGAAGGCUCAGUUGACGAAAGAAACGCCCAACUCCUCGCGCGGUUGUGUCAAUUCUUCCAAGUAUCUCGUUUGCCCACAGCAGACCGAUACAAACGUCUUUUAUUAGACGCUGGGUUCACUAUCGAGUCUUUUACGGAUGUGAGACGAAACGUGGUAGGAACAUUUGAAGCAAUCAGUAGAACAUUCGAAGGAAUGAAGGUCGACCCACUGAUGUUGGCCAAUAAGGACUUGGGUCGUCAGAUCGAGGAUAUGACUAAGGAUAUGAGUAAAAUGAGCAAUUUGAAGGAAUUUGGGUAUUGUAUUAUUACUGCUCGGCGGGUAUAA